AUGAACCCUUCUGGGGUAUGGCUGAACGGAGCUGUCUCCCAGAUGUUUCAGCUGAUGGCCGUGGUGUGUCUCACCUGUGUGGUUCUGAAAGCAAUCCAGCUGUACUGGAGGAGGCAGAAACUGCUCAAAAUCUUCAAAAGUUUCCCAGGACCUCCCACCCACUGGCUGUAUGGCCACCUUCAAAAGCUUCAACAAGAUGAUGAACUAGACAAUAUAGCGUCCUGGACAGAACAAUACCCACACUGUCACCCCGUCUGGGUUGGCGGUUUCUUAGGAUUCUUGUGGAUCAACCACCCUGAAUAUGCUAAGGCGGUAUUCAGCAGAGGAGACCCUAAGUCUCUUCGGAUAUACAGUUUCCUGGUUCCCUGGAUUGGGCAAGGAUUGUUGAUCUUACAUGGGCCAAAGUGGUUCCAGCAUCGGAGACUGCUGAUGCCAGGGUUUCACUAUGAUAUUUUGAAAUCUUACGUGACCGUGAUGGCAGAUUCUGUCCGCGUGAUUUACCAGAGCAACGGCCAAACUGACAGUGACAACUUAUAUAUCCAAACGGUCAUGGACCUCAGCUUGAUGGUGCAUCUCAGAAUCCAGACGCCCCUGCAUCACAACCAUCUCGUUUACUGGCUCAGUUCUCAAGGGCGUCGAUUCCACAAGGCCUGCAGAUUAGCACAUCACCAUACGGAUAAAGUGAUCAGAGAAAGAAAGGAGUUCCUUAAAGAUGAGCGACAGCCUGAAAAGAUCCAGAGGAGGCGCCACCUGGACUUUCUGGACAUCCUUCUGAGUGCUAAAGAUGAAAACGGAGCUGGAUUCUCUGAUGAAGACCUACGUGCCGAGGUGGACACGUUUAUGUUUGCGGGUCACGAUACCACAGGCAGUGGGAUCUCCUGGCUCUUGUACUGCCUGGCCCUGCACCCAGAGCACCAGCAGAGAUGCAGGGAAGAGAUCAAGGAGAUUCUGGGAGACAGAGAUACUGUUCAAUGGGAGGACUUCGGGAAGAUGACCUACACCACCAUGUGCAUCAAAGAGACUCUGCGUCUUUACCCUCCAAUACCUUUCGUAGCACGAGAACUCGGUGCACCUGUAACAUUUGUUGAUGGACGUACCUUACCAAAAGGCUCCCUGGUUUCACUGAAUAUUUAUGGUCUUCACAGAAACCCCACAGUCUGGCAUGAUCCAGAGGUCUUCGACCCUUUGAGAUUCUCACCAGAGAACUCAGCGGGACGCCAUUCCUAUGCUUUUCUGCCUUUUGCAGCUGGACCCAGGAACUGCAUCGGGCAGCAGUUUGCCAUGAACGAGAUGAAGGUGGCUCUCGCGCUGACUCUGCUGCGCUUUGAACUCUCCCCUGAUCCAGCCAAGCCCCCCAUCAAAAUACCUCAGAUCGUCCUGCGCUCCAAGAACGGGAUUCACCUGCACCUGAAGAAACUCCAGUGACACUUAAAUCACUGGGACAGGAUGUGAUACAUGACAGAGUUUAAUCUAAAUUUGAUUGAAUAACUAGAGCUGGGUGGGAACUGAAAUUCCCCUUUCACAGGAAAUUCUGUGAUUUCAAAACGUUUUCAUUCAGAAUUGCAAUGGAAACAAGAGAAUUUCAAAAUUUCCCACCAAGUGAAUUUUUAAAAAAUCAUUUUAAUAAAAUUUUAAAAAUUCUUCCGAGUUUAUCAAAACUUUUUGCUCUGAUUUUGCCUUUUAAAUAAAAGGCAAAACAAAAAGUUGGUCUGAAAUAAACAAAUCUAAACCUGUAACGGUGUCAAAAAAGAUUGAUAGAUUUUUUAGGAAAAACAAAAUUCUGUCAAAAGCAACAAAUUCUGUUGAAAUUUUCCCAAUCGGUUCUAGUCAAAACAAAGGCUGUGUUUUAUCUCUGCAGAUGUAUCCCUGCUAACUCUUCUUUGUGAUUAACGAAAAAAAUAUUUGGGGGGUGGAGAAAGGACCAUGGAGAUGCAGCUGUGUAUUUUUAUUGAUCAUCAUAAUAGUUUAUCAAGGGCUCAGUGUUGUACAGAAGA